AUCUGCUGAGAGCAGUCUGCUUUGCUGCCGAGCCACUGUAGUUACAGCUGACAUUCUGCCGCCGCCUCCCUGUCCCUCUGCAGCUGCAUCGCGCUUUUCGCCCUGAUUUUUUAUUUUUUUUUAAAUGUACAUUAUUUCUCGCUAGCGCGUUUUAUUUCAGCCAGCCUUCCUACGCUUCAGUGCAGCGCUGUAAUAGUCUCUUACAGAUAAAUAAGGAAGUCUUUACGGAAAAUACCGAACCGAGAAGCUCAUUUCAGUCGACGUUGAUUUGAAGGAAGACAUUUGAUCUGUUUGGACUGAUAACAGUGAGACGGCAAGCAAAGACAUGCAGCGGAGAGGUCAGUGAGGAUGACAACAGAGGCAACGGAGACGGAGGGAUGAGAAGCAGACUCAAGUAAGAGGAGGAAGCGGGACUCCAAAGUGCCUACAGUACGGUUUUGUCCUACAGCAGGAGAGAGGGCUCGGUGUGCGUUUGGCCUUGAAUGGAGGCUAUAUUUUGUCCUGACAGCCACAAAGUCAUCCAUCCCACGUUGCUGAGCUGCAGUCCCCACAUACCCAGAGCUGAGCUGAAGCUUUGUCUCGUCAUUACAAGGACAUUACGGGUGUAAGGUUCUGCUUUUUCAUCUCUGUCUGUCAGAGAACAACAACUACAACAGAGCUGCGGUGACUUCCUCUGCUCUGACCAUGUUGACAUGAAUGUAAAAGAGACGCAUCUGAGCGGACUACGGUGAUGUUUUCUGAACGUUUUUCUUUCUUUCUCUUGAGACAGAGCUGGUCUCUGCUCCCAGUUAACCUCUGCUAUCUCACCCAGUAAAACUUCAGCUGACAGUUUUCCCAGGAACAGCUAAUAAACAUCCCCCAAAAUACUCCAGUCUGAAGGGACUUGCUACCUAUUUGCUCUGAAGGAAAAAUAUUUUUGCUUUUUUUUCCCCAAGGGGAUUUUUUUUCUCUCUCUCUCUCUUGAAUCACUAUUAGUCAGCCCUGCUCGCAUUAGACCAUUUUUUUCCAUCCACUCACUCCCACCCCUUGCUCAGUGUCUGUGAGCAUCUCAGAUGGCUGUCAGCAUGACCAUGGGACGAGACACCAAAUGGCUGACCUUGGAAGUGUGUCGCGAGUACCAGAGAGGCACCUGCUCGCGGUCUGACACCGAUUGUAAGUUUGCACAUCCCUCCCGGAGCUGCCAUGUGGAGAACGGCCGAGUCAUCGCCUGCUUUGAUUCGCUCAAGGGCCGCUGCACACGAGAAAAUUGUAAAUACCUGCACCCACCUCCGCACCUGAAAACCCAGCUGGAGAUAAAUGGAAGAAACAACCUGAUCCAGCAGAAGGCCGCGGCGGCCAUGUUGGCUCAACAGAUGCAGUUCAUGCUGCCCGGAGCACAGCUGCAGCCGAUUACGACCUUUCCAGUGACUCCAUCCCUGGCAACGAGUCCCAGCAUGGCGUUCAGUCCAUAUCUGAGCCACAUGGGCCCAGCCGUGAGCCUGAUGCCGGAGCUGCUGCCCAGCACGCCCCUCCUCGUCCCCGGCAGUCCCACCAGCCUCACAGCGAUGGGCAACGGCACCUCGGCGCAGAAGCACACUCGCACAGACAAGCUGGAGGUUUGCAGAGAGUUCCAGCGGGGCAACUGCACACGGGGCGAGAGCGACUGCCGCUACGCUCACCCCCUGGAGGCCGGCAUGGUGGACUGCAGCGAGAACUCCGUUAUUGUGUGCAUGGACUACAUAAAGGGCCGCUGCAGCAGGGACAAGUGCAAGUACUUCCACCCGCCGGCUCACCUGCAGGCCAGGAUCAAGGCUUCACAGCACCAAGCCAGUCAAAACACGGCGCCCUCUCCCUUGGCUUUAGCUCCAGGCGGCAUGCAGUCGCUGCCAAAGAGGCCGAUUUUAGAGAAGAGCAACGGCGCUGCAGCUGCAGUCUUCAACCCUAGCAUGUUCCACUACCAGCAAGCCCUGGCUAACAUGCAGCUCCAGCAGCCAGCCUUCAUCCCCACUGUAGACUCCUCCGAGCUUCUGACCCCCGAUCCGGUGGAGCUGCAGUGCGUUCCCAUGGAAAACCAUUUCUGCCCCGUCCCCAAACUGCUGGUGGCGGCUCCAGUGGGAAUAAACUCAGUAAGCCUUUCACGAAACCCCAGUUAGAGUCCCUGAAAACCUGCAGCUCUGCAGCAAACAUGUGCCUCGCCCACAGUGCGCACCGACCGAGCGUCAGUGUGAAACUUCUUAUACAAUGUUUAUAAAAUAAAAUGUAAAAAAUAAGCUGCAAUGGUUCACGCAAUACAAGCCUGAACUCAAAGCUGCUUCACUGCAGCCGUAACGAUGCAUCCUGACGUGAUGAGCAAUAGAGCUCCCUCGUUCUGACAGCCAUACACACACACCACACCUUAAACGUGUGCACACGCGCACACACACACACACACACACAUUGAAGACUAGAAGCCCUUUAUGGGUUGCAGCCAUUACCUGAGGCAGCCCAACACACCUGACUGAUCCAAAGUAAGAAAAGUUCAUUCUGGAUUCUCAGAACAUUGGAGCUGCAAACGGACCUGCUGCCGGUCUUCAACCAUGACUCGUUUUAAAAAUGAAAGAAUGUGUUGUAUAUCAUCCAGUUUAUUCUCAUCUGAUGCCUGAUGAAACGUCAGAAAGAAGCUGUUAAUUUGUUUGUGCCUUUGAGUUUUUCCUGCUGAGCUGCAGAGAAGACCUGGUUUCUAAAAAGGAUUUUAAAAAAUAAACUAAACAGCAGCGAUUAAAGAGAUGUCCACAUGUGAAAUUAAAGGCAAUACCAAUUUCAA